AUAGUAAAGCCCACGUAUUUAACACAUCUGCUCUGUGCAGAUGUGCUGGCUCUUGGACUUUUCAAAGCUAGUGGGGUGGGAUGGGGGGGCAUCUAGUGGUCCUGAUUAAUGGAACCAAGACCCCUGAGAAAGAGAAAGGAGGUCUGGUUUUGAGUUACGUGUCCCAUGUACCUGUCCUAUGGAACAUGGGGACAGGACACACACAACCUAGGUUUCUUCUAGCAGCCUGUUAUGACUGAGAAUGUAUGCUGUCUCACUGUGUUUCCCCAAGACUACCAGCCACGAGUCCCCAAAAGCCACAGCUGGCUCAUGCAACAUCCCGGGACAAUCAUGGACACAGGCACUCUUCACCUUGUCGCCUACACUGCAGGGCCCAGGGCCAGCCCCACUUCACUUACCUCUUUACCCCUCUCCCCAGAUGGACCAAUGGUGGUGUCACCCAAAGCAAAUUGACACUAUUUUUCCCUUGGUAACCGCAAAGGGGGAGAAUCACCCGUCUCCUAAUUUUAACCAGUACGUGAGGGACCAGGGCGCCAUGACCGACCAGCUGAGCAGGCGGCAAAUCCGUGAGUACCAGCUCUACAGCCGAACCAGCGGCAAGCACGUGCAGGUCACCGGGCGUCGCAUCUCCGCCACCGCCGAGGAUGGCAACAAGUUCGCCAAGCUCAUCGUGGAGACGGAUACAUUUGGCAGCCGGGUCCGCAUCAAGGGGGCGGAGAGCGAGAAGUAUAUCUGUAUGAACAAGAGGGGCAAGCUGAUUGGGAAGCCGAGUGGGAAGAGCAAAGACUGCGUGUUCACCGAGAUCGUGCUGGAGAACAACUACACAGCCUUCCAGAAUGCUCGGCACGAGGGCUGGUUCAUGGCUUUCACUCGGCAGGGCCGGCCGCGCCAGGCCUCCCGAAGCCGCCAGAACCAGCGCGAGGCCCACUUCAUCAAACGCCUCUACCAGGGCCAGUUGCCUUUCCCCAACCACGCGGAUAGGCAGAAGCAGUUCGAGUUCGUGGGUUCGGCCCCCACCCGCAGGACCAAGCGUACUCGGAGGCCCCAGCCCCAAACGUAGUUAGGGAGGCCAUAGUGAGCAGUGUCGGGUAGAUGCCCCUCAGCAACCUUCUUUCUCUUCUCUAACUCAUCCAAAGAUGGGGGCUGGGGUGGAAGGUGGGGAGCCAGACCCCCAAAGGACCCAGAGGGCAUCUGAUUCCCAGCUGGGAAGAGACAGCACUUGUGUACCCCAGGGUGGGCACCACACUCUGGUACAGGCUCUUUUGAGGCCAGGGGCAGAUUCUAGACAAAGAAGUAGGGUCUUCCCCGACCUAAAAUGCCUGCCUCCCAGCGACUGCCUUAAACAAGUGGGCAGGUCAGCAGAAAACUAUUCAAAUCUUGCUCCCAGAAUCUCGCUCAGUUUGAACCAAAUAUCCAAAACUUCUGACCAAACAGUAGGAAAGGACUUUUGGUUUUGUUUCCAGAAACACAAGAGAGAAAUCAAUGCCAGCCACUCUUCCUAUUUCUCGCCCCAGGCUUGCCUUCCCAUCCCAAGCCCCAGAAUAAAACCAUUUUCCUGCAACCGGGUCCGCUGAAGAAAGGUGGGCAAUCAGACCACAGAA